GUGGAGUAGUCGAGUGAUUCUGAAAAGCUUGUAAACGCAAUAGAAACUGGUUUCAGUCUAACCAAGCUACAGCCUCAACAAGACAGCAGUUUACACCCAGCAAAGACAGAAUGAGUGCUGACGGAACUGGAGACCCACCUCCGUAUGUCAUACCAAUAGAGGGUGCCAAGGGCUCCAACGUCAAGGUCUACCAUGUGCACACUCCAUUCAGCCCACAAAGCUCGACUAUCGACGAUUCUCGAACCCAGAUGCAAUCAGCCAGACCUGUUCAGUCAACGGAAGCCAAAAACAAAUUUGUCAGCUACGAAUCAUAUGAGCUGGGUCGCAAUCCAGGAAUGGCCACCUGCACAAGCUGCCAACAGCAGGUCUUAACCAAUGUCACCUACAAAGUGGGAGUUUACGCCUGGUUGAUGUGCUUACUCUUCAUCCUGUGCGGGUUUGUUUUGUGCUGCUGUCUGAUUCCAUUCUUCAUGAAGUUUUUCAAAGACGUCUAUCACACAUGCCCUAAAUGCAAUAAGAUCCUGCACAUUGAAAAGAAGCGAUGUUGCUAACCCUUCCCCAACUUUUAACACCACUCAUGGAUUUGUGUGGCACCUUACACGAUAUGAAGGACUGGAGGAUACUUUUGGGCCAACACUGAUGUCAUCGAAUACAAACUUGCUUGUAUAAACUAAAGCUUCGCAAUCUUUGUCUUUAUUAUUACAUUAUAUUACAUAUACAAAUACUCUUAAAUGAACAUGAAUACUCAUUGUUUUGAUUGUAUAUCUAUAAAGGACUCAGGGUUAAAGCUUCAGAGUGUUGAGGAGUUUCUGGAACCAAAGAUUAGAUUUUUAUAUCACGAUGUAAAUAUCAGUGAUUCU